AUGGUCCCCUCGCCCUGCUGUUUCGAGCAAACAGCGAGAGCGAGCGGCGAGCAACAAGGUGGGAACGGCUGCUGCGAGAGAUUUCUUCCGUCCGUGGCGGCCAUCACGGCUAACGCCGCAGCCUGCGCCGCCGCCGCCGUCGCCGCCUCCGUCGUGUAUCGCGCGCGCCCGCCGGGAAAUGUCACGACGCAGAUAGCCGGGCGUCGGCUCGUGGGCGUGUCCAUGGUGGGGCUUACGCUGUGGCUUAAGACCGAGCCUGGCUUCAACGAGUGGGUGAACGACCUCAGCAUCGAAGAGUUCUUCACCGGCCUCUACGUGCUGCUGGCUGGUGGCAUCAUCAUAAUGCUGGUGGCCUUUCUGGGCUGCUGCGGCGCUCUGAUGGAGAAUAGUGUGCUCCUGUACGGGUUCAUCGCCACGCAGGUGCUCGGCUUCAUCCUGGGCAUGGCGGGCUCGGCCGUGUUGCUGGACUUCAGCACCAUCAACUCCAAGAUUGAGCCGCUCAUCCGCCAGGCCAUGCGGUCGCUCAUCGCCGACUCCAACAACCCCAGGAGCGCCUCCACGCUGCACAUGAUCCAGGAAAACGUGGGCUGCUGCGGCGCGGACGGCCCCAGCGACUACAUGUCGCUGAAGCAGCCGCUGUCCAGCAGCUGCCGGGACACCGUCACCGGCAACGUCUACUUCUACGGCUGCGUCGACGAGCUCACCUGGUUCCUGCAGGACAAGGCCGCCUGGAUCUGCGCGCUCGCCAUGCUCGUCUGCUUCAUCAACGUCCUGAACUGUGCUUUGACUCUUACGCUCAUCCAGGCAUUGAAAAAGGAAGAGGAAGACGCUCUCAAGCGCUAA